AUAUAUAUAUUUUCCACGUUUGCGUUAGAGAAAAUAAUUAUACAUAAUCUGACAGAAUGUAUUUUAGAGUAAGUGACUUGCCAAUCCAAGCUUCGUCGUUCUGUAAAGGGAAGACGCCCGUCACGGAAACGCUUGCUGUUUUGAACGGUUGCAGAUUCGAAAGCGGCGAGAAGGCUUGCGAGUUAUGCCAGGCAAAGUUCCACUUCGUUACCAGACUGGUCGCGCAUCUCAGGAUCGCUCAUGGCAUUCAUCGGCCCUUUAAAUGCGUUACAUGUGGCAAGAAUUAUCCCCAGCAGUUCAUGCUCAAUGCCCACGUGAAGAAAUCGCACACGCCGAAAACCGUGCCGUGCGCCCAGUGCAGCUUCAUGGGCGUCAACGCGACCGACGUGGAGAGGCACAGGAGGCGACGUCACCAGCUCUCGAAAUUCACAUGCGAAAUUUGCAGCGAGGAUUUCGCCGACAAAGAUGCUCUGAUCACGCAUACGGCGAUGCACGACUUUAUGCAAUAUCAGCGAUGCAGCGCGUGUGGUAGCGUCUUUAACGACGUGUGUAGCUUAAAGGAGCACAACCGCCUCUACCAUUACGAUUCCGCAUCGGACGAGAAGUUGGAGGAGCCCAGCGAGAACGGGUCCGAGCACAAAUGUGAUAUUUGCGGCAAGGUCCACAAGUACAGGUCAAUGCUGAAGCAGCAUAAGAUCAAGGCUCACGAUCCGCCGAACUGCGAGAGGCGUAGAUAUCUUUGCGCGUUAUGCGGCAAAGAACUCAAGACCGCGAAGGGCCUCGAAAUCCACAACAGGUCGCACACCGGCGAGAAGCCGUACACCUGCGAGGUGUGCGGCAAGUGUUUCGCUUGCGAGACUCUGCUGAGGACUCACAACGUCACUCACACCGGAGAACGAAGAUACUCGUGCGACCAGAUAACCACAUAA